UUGAGUUUUCUUUUUCAUGGUAUUGAGGUAGGGAUGAUCCUCUAAUACUAGAUUUACCAGACAGUUUCUUUCAGCAUUGCAUUUGGAUAUGUGGAUUGGGUAUGCUGAAAGUUCAUCUAAGCAACAAAGUAAUCCUUAUUUUUAAUCAAUUUGCACCUUCUUGUUGUUUCAGUUUGCUGAAGCCCAUGUUCCUGAAACAUUUCAAAUCCAGACAGUUGGUACUGCUUAUUGAAUUUUCUAUAAUCCAUGUUUUCUAUGCAGGUAAGCAGAUAUUUACAAGAAAAAGCUUGUGUGGUUGAUAGGUUGCAAUCACUUGAGUGGUUUUGUUAACAUCAGUUCAACUUUAGGUUGCUUGCAUUUAUGAUGAGUAGGUUUUUCUUGAUGUUUCAUGUGUUGACUAUUACAAAAGAUUUUGAGGAAAGGUCAAAUUAUUAUGACACGUUGCUUGCUACUGAAUCUUGUGCAAUCAAUGGGAAGAAAAGGAUCCAUUCUGCAAAGGAUCCCCUAGUCAUGCAUGUAACAGACCUGCUGACGGCAUCUGCAAAAAAAGCUAAAUAUUUCUUGCCCUUCUUGCAAUAGAGUAAAAGGCCACCCGCUAUUGUGGAUUACGUCCUUAGUGGUCAUCGGUUUAAAUUGCUGAUCCCCAAGGAAACUUGCAGCAUUCCAUUCUCCUUCUCUGGUGUUAGAUGCCCCGGCCGCGAUGAGCCUUUCUCAGAUGAAGCAAUUGCCUUCAUGAGAAGAAAGAUCUUGCAGAGGGAUGUAGAGAUUGAAGUCGAAACAGUUGAUAGAAUUGGAACCUUCUUGGGUUCUUUAUGGGAAUCAAAGACCAACAUGGCUGUGGUUCUUCUAGAGUCUAGGCUGGAAAGGCUUCAAACUACUUUUGGUGCUGACAGGAUUCCUGAUUCUCACCUACUUGCAAAGGUUGAGCAGUCUGCAAAAAACCAGAGAUUGAAGAUUUGGGAAAAUCAUGUUGAAGGACAGGAAGCUACUAAUGGGUCAUCAGUGGCUGAGACCAAACAGAAGGAAGUGCUUAAGGUGCUGUGUGAUUUUUGCUUGAGUGAUGCCUUGUUUUAUUUCUCUAGGUGGAUAAUUGACUUGCCUUCCUGAUCUUUACUUUCAAGUGGUGGUUACUGAGGUACUGGGCGGUGGCAAGUUUUAUGUCCAAACAGUUGGAGAUCAGAAAGUGGCUGUUAUUCAGCAGCAACUAGCUUCAUUGACCCUCCAAGAUCCUCCUGUCAUUGGCGCUUUUAAUCCUAAGAAGGGGGAUAUUGUCCUUGCUCAGUUCAGUGCAAAUAAUUCUUGGAACAGGGCCAUGGUGAGACUCUCAUUAACUACAAAA